AUGCCGCCCAAGAAAGAGCCCAAGGAGAAGCAGAUCAAGGGGGAUGAAGCCGACGAGUACCUCAAAUCAGUGAACCGCCCAUAUGCCAGCACCGAUGUCUCCGCCAACCUCAAGAACAAGGUUCCCAAAGCGGCAGCGCAGAAGGUCAUGCAAGCUCUAGCGGAUCGCGGAGAGAUCACUCUCAAGCCAUACGGCAAGCAGACUAUCUUCGUGUACAAUCAGGACAAUCUCCCAGUCAUGUCUGCAGAGGAUAUGGCGACUCUGGACGAGGAGCUCAAGUCUGCCCAGGACUCGCUGAAGGAGCAGAGGGAGCAGUUGAAGGAGCUGGAAAGGAACCUGGCGGCCGUGGAAGCCUUACCGAAGACACAAGCUCUGCCUAUCGCCAUCAAAGAGAUAGAGGAGCAGAACGCGAUGACUCUCCGCACCCUCGCCCCAUACCGCAAGAACUGCGACGAACCUCAAGUCCGACCUCUGACGCCCGAAGAGAUCAAGCAGAUCGACGCCGAGUUUGUCAAGUGGCGGAAGCAAUGGGUGGAUCGGAGGAGGAUGUACAAGAUCAUCACGGACCAAUGGGCUGAGUCCGGCGUGGGCAUCGAUGCCGAGUGGCGAGACUGCCAGGGAAUCACGGAGGACGACGACGAAGCGAUCGCACUCGAGACCGGCGAAUUCUGCAAACCUCAAGUAACCGCCCGAUCGAACGCUAAAUCCAAGGCCAAAGCCAAACCACUCACUCCACCUUCCCGACCCUCAUCCGCCGCGACAGCCGUCUCGAAACGAUCCCUCAGCGAUACUGCGAGCAGUCAAGAACCGGCCAAACCCAAGAAGAAGGCGAAGAAGGCGUAG